AUGUUACAUCAUUAUGCAACAAAAUUUAAAAUCAACUGCGCCAAAUAUUAUAGGAACGAGAGACUGGUUGUAAAGUAUUGCACUCAAUAUCUUGAUAAAUUUCCUUCAAGUUAUUCGACUUUGUGCAUAAGAGCUGAAACUUUUGGUGAAUUAAAAAGAUACGAAGAAGCUCUUAAUGAUUUAAAUCAUGCUAUUAUGAUUAAGCAUCAUAAGCCGACUGCAUGGUGUUUGCGUGGAAUUAUAAAAGGCUUAAAUAAAUCUUAUAUGGAAGCAGUAGAAGAUUUAAAUCAUGCAUUAUAUAGAGACGAAAAUGAUUUCCUAGCCUUAAAGUGGAGAGCUUUUUGCUAUUAUGAAAUGCAUCUGUACAAUCAUGCUCUUUGGGAUCUUAAUUUAAUUAUUAAUAGUGGUUGUGCAGAUGCAUUUACUCAUUUAAAUCGAGCAGAAAUCAACAGAAUAUUAAAAAAUUUUAUGGAAGCAACUGAGGAUAUUAAAAAAGCAUUUGAUUUCGAAAAUAUCAAUAAAGCUCUUGCAUAUUGA